AUGGCGAGCCUUUUCGUCCUAUAAAUGGCGAGCCUUUUCCCAUUAUCUUCAUUAUCAGCCAAAUUAGCUUCAAAGUUCUCAAGUAGCCAGAGAGACAUGGCGGGUUUCCCCUCUACUUCUUUUGUUAAAUUCUUCAUCAUUCUUCUUGCCAUUAGUUUCCACAUAAAAACUCUCUCAGCUGCAAGAGCUCUCAGUCACCCAAAAACCAACACAGAAUUUAUAAAAACAUCUUGUAGUACAACUACUUAUCCAAGACUAUGCUAUAGUUCCCUUUCCGUCGAAGCAAGCAAAAUCCAAAGCAGCCCCAAGCUCCUAGCCACUGCAGCCCUCAACGUGACAUUAGCACAUGCAAGAUCAACUUCCACCUCGAUGAAAAAACUCUCUCACACGCAUGGCAUGAAGCCUACGGAAGUGGCAGCUAUGCAAGACUGUGUGGAGGAGUUGAGUGACACAGUAGAUGAGCUUAGGAAAUCCAUUGACGAAAUGGGCAAGGCCAAAGGGUCCGACACUCAGCUCAUGAUUAACGACAUACAAACAUGGGUUAGUGCCGCCUUGACUGACGAGACUACUUGCACUGAUGGGUUCGCUGAGAAUUCCAUGGACGGAAAUGUGAAGAGUGAAGUUAGGAAAAAUAUUCUGAAUAUUGCACACUUGACUAGUAAUGCAUUGUCCCUGAUCAACAAUUACGCCUCUCUUCAUGGUUAAAUCGUCUCUGGGACGAUGAUGUUAAUUAUUUCUCAAUCAAUUAUUCUAGUUAAAGUAUUGAGGCAAAAUAUUCCAUAGUUUGUCUGUAACAGAUAUAUAGUGUGAUAGUCGCGUCAAUAUGGAUGGCCACAUGCCUCCAUUAGGAUAUUAUGCUAGUUUCUAUAAAUAAAAAUCAUGUUUUAUCAUUCUAA